UAAUGUAAAAUAGAUAAAAAACGUGAUUGUUUCUACAUGAUUGACACAUUAUUGCUUCUACAUGAUUGACAGUUCUAGAGUUUGAGAGCAUAAACAUUAUUUAUAAAAAAAAAGGAUCAUGGAAUUAACGAAGUUAUUUUCUUUCUUUCUUUUCAUGCUUGACUUUGGAUGGUGUGCAUAUACAGAUACAAGCAAAAGAACAUCUGGCGUAUGUAUAUCAUACAAUGGUACCCGGUGCGCAUCAGUGUUGGGAACCAGUACAGUGUUCCUGAAUCUCUCCCAGUCAAACCCGUUUGAGGACCAGGAGCAGAUGGCGGCGGACCUGCUCGACCAAAUGUUAAAUGUUGAGACGACAAAGCCUAUACGGGAGCGCUGUAACGGACAUGGAGAAAAACUUAUUUGUAACUACGCCUUCCCGCCUUGUGAAAACGUCAUCAGUCCUAAACCAGUUCCUUUAUGCAGAGAGAGCUGUACAGCAGUACAGGAUUUGCUGUGUUAUGUACAGUGGCCAGUGAUACAAAACAGUAAUGUUCAUGUGAAGCUGCCCACAUGUGACAAGAACUUACCCUCCAAGUGGGAUAUGGAGGAGGAUGGUCCGCCAUGUACUGAUGCUAAUCUCUUUGAUAAAGAUCAAACUGAAGUCACUUCAAACUGCUAUAUGGAUCAAGGUCGCUGGUAUAACGGCACUGUUAACAUGACAAAGUCUGGCAAGCCAUGCCAGCACUGGUCUCUCAACUCCCCACAGAAACACAAACGACCCCCAGAUGUGUACGAGGAGCUCAGGGACUCGGAGAAUUUCUGUCGUAACCCUGGGGCGGAAGAAGAGUCACCCUGGUGCUAUAUUGACUCUGUUGUCCCCGGGGAGAGAUGGGAACUAUGUGAUAUACCAGCUUGUGGGGAAGAGAGGGAAAGUUCAGAAGAGAAAGAGUCUAUGUCAUGGUCAACUAUUCUUAUCGUCACAAUCGUGGGCUCUGUUGGUGUGUUCGUCCUCGGUUUUGUGGCUAUCGUCUGUUACCACAUUGUGUCAAACAAGCAGAAAGCCAUCAGGUAUAAAAACACGCCACAGGAUGAUCUAGAAAUCGACAUCCAGAAAUUACCUGCAAACAUGUCAUAUCAUGUCGUUGAGGAGCCAAUCAGAUUGAAUCCGAAACUACAAGCGUUUGAAUAUCCGAGAAAUGACAUCGUGUAUAUCAAAGAUAUUGGUCAAGGUGCAUUUGGUCGUGUAUUUAAGGCUAAAGCACCGAAUAUAAUAAAACACGAUGAAGAAGUGUUUGUUGCUGUGAAAAUGCUUAAAGAAGAUGCUUCCGAUGACUUACAAGCAGACUUUGAACGCGAAGCAUCGCUAAUGGCGGAGUUCGACCAUCCAAAUAUAGUGAAAUUUUUAGGGGUAUGUGCAAUUGGUAAACCUAUGUGUUUAUUAUUUGAAUUCAUGAGUAAAGGUGAUCUGAAUGACUAUCUACGGAUUUGUAGUCCGGAAAUGUAUAUGAACAUUAGAAAAAAUCAUACAUUUCAGUUGCGUGAAGGUGAAAAGUUAUCAUUAGACUUAAUAGAUAUGAUAGAUAUUUCGCAACAAAUUGCCGCGGGAAUGGUUUACCUGUCGGAAAAAUGUUACGUCCAUCGAGAUUUAGCUACGAGAAAUUGUUUAAUUAGUGAUAAUUUGACUGUAAAAAUCUCGGACUUUGGUCUAGCGCGUAGUGUACAUAGGCUAGAAUAUUACAAGGGUAGCGAUAAUGACGCCAUCCCUAUAAGAUGGAUGCCGUUAGAAUCAAUUCUUUACAAUAAGUUCUCGGUGGAAUCCGAUGUGUGGUCAUUUGGCGUGAUUCUGUGGGAAAUAUUUUCAUUUGCUUUGCAGCCGUAUUACGGCAUGACGCACGAGGAAGUGGUAGAAUAUUUAAAAGAGGGGAAAAAUUUAGUGUGUCCCGAGAACACGCCACAACAAAUCUACGAUCUGAUGUUAAAAUGUUGGAGUAGGAAACCGUCACAUAGACCACGAUUCCAAAUGUUAUAUAAUUCUAUAAGUGCUUUUCACGGAGAAUUGACGAAAAGAACAAAAGACACGAGUGAAGUUUGAAAUGUUAUAUUGGAAACAUUAUCAUAGAAACAUGUGCAUUCAGCGCUGCCAAAUUUGUUAUUGCAAAAUGAAGGUGUUUUAGGCGAAAAUGUAAAAUUUGAUAUAAUAUAUAAUUAUGCUUGCUACCCAAGUAAGAAAAGUUAAGUUUUAUUGUGUUUCUAAAAAUCAAACUAUAAAAAAUACCCCGAAACAUAAGAAAAUUGAUA